AUGGUGUUGGCUUGGUCUAUCACUGAGGUCAUUCGCUACAGCUUCUACGCAUGCAAUCUAGCUGGUAGUGAGCCUCAUUUCCUGGUAUGGCUCCGUUAUACUACAUUCUAUGUACUGUACCCCCUCGGUGCUUGGUCCGAGAACGCCCUCACCUACUCGACUCUCCCCAACUCAUCGCCGUUGAGCGGGAAAUGGACACCUUACGACUAUCUGCGAGGAUUUUUCGUCUUGAUCUGGACACCUGGUCUUUAUGUGAUGUAUACUUAUGAUCAAGCAGCGUCGCAAGGUUUUGGGCGGUGGAAGGCUCGUCCGGGCUCUCAGAGCCGGCUGGAGCAUCUUCAAUCUCAAUCACGCCCUGUUGUUGGAGGUGAAGAUGGUGAUGUCCAAAAGGUUGUCGAACAAGCCAAGAAACUGGAGGGCGUGUCCAAGUCGUAUUUGCGUCAGGACCAACCUACAAAAACCUUCUUCCCGAGCAACUUACGCCGCUCGUCAAUCAUCUCUAAGUUCCGACUCUUCACACACGUAGCUGCUGCCCACUCGACCUUGUCCAAGUCUCUUCUUCCACGUGUGGCAGCUCAGCUCAAUGUACCAGCCGUGUCGGACGUCACAUCAGUCGCCUCUGGGGAUAACGGCACAACUUUUACUCGCCCGAUCUAUGCUGGGAACGCAGUCUCGACCGUCCGUGCUCCAACUCGCGCGACCGCGUUCCCCAAGGCCAAGUUCAACGAGAGCGCAUCUGGCGUCGAAGCUUCCAAGCUGGAGGCCACUGACCCUGUACCCGGAACCGAGCACAUCGAAACCAAACUGGCCAAGUCCGAUCGCCCCGAUCUCGCUGUAGCUGGACGAGUCGUUUCCGGUGGGCGAGCUCUGAAGGAUGCAGAGACUUUCAAAAAGGUCAUCGACCCGUUGGCUGAUGUUCUCGGUGCCGCGGUGGGAGCAAGUCGAGCGGCAGUCGAUGCUGGGUACGUCGACAACUCUUUGCAGGUUGGACAAACCGGCAAGGUCGUCGCUCCUGAAUUGUAUAUUGCUGUAGGCAUCAGUGGUGCUAUUCAACACUUGGCUGGAAUGAAAGAUUCAAAACUAAUUGUAGCUAUUAACAAGGAUCCUGAUGCGCCGAUUCACCAAGUGGCGGACCUUGGAUAUGUGGCAGACCUGUACGAGGCCGUACCAGAACUCGUCGAAAAACUGAAGAAGUAG